AUGCCUUCCAAGCCAACUCCGCCCCUCCUGCAGCAGCCGCUGUGCCCUGGUGCCCAGCGUCUUGGACAUCUCCACGAGGCAGGCAACUGGAUCGUCACCAGAGACAGCUACGAUAAGGGCGAAAAGAUUUGCCUUGCAAGCGUGCACCUCUUCAUGGCUGGGAAGGACUGGCCAGUGGAGCUGAAGCCCGAUGGUAUGUCUGCGACUGUGCAGACGAACCACAAAAGCUUCACCACGGGCUUCGAGGAUGCGCAUGACUUCACGAGCUGGACAGCAGGAGAAUCUUCGAUCGAGUCGACUACCUUGAGCUGGGCCGAAAGGUGCCUCGUGAGCUUCGGCAUCUACAUGCCUGGCAACCUCGUGCUGAACGUCACCACCUUCCUUUCUCGAGUGCUGCUUUGGCAGGUAGCCGUGCUUCGCCUGGCUGCAUUUUGUGUAGCCUGGUUGGCCGUGGCGUACCAGACCUGCUUCGGCCCGGACUUUUCGAAGGAGAUCGACACGCCACACAGCUUGGUCGCUUCAGUCAUGCCAGGCUACAUGAUCAGCCUGGAACUCCGGAGUUUCGAGGUUGAGGGUGCGAUUCGCUGCCUGGGGGAGAUCAGAAGGGAUCCGAUGGACAAGACCAAGAACGCCAUGAGUCCGGAGGAGCAGCUUGAGGACCUGCAAAGGCGUUUCACGCUCUUGGAGGGCGAGCGCAAGGCAACAUACGAGACGGCCAAGCUGAACAUCCAGCAGAACAAGGAGAUCAUCACCCAGAUGAAGGAGGAAAACAAAACGCUGAGGAAUCAAAUCGCAGAGAUCCGCAUUGAGAAGCCCGAGUCCCUGGAGAAGUCUCUCGAGAAGACGAUGACUGAAGUCCAGAAUCUGCAGAGAAGGAUCGACCUCUUGAAGAACGAGAACAACAAGAAGCGAGAGUACCUCGAUCAGCUGUGGCCUUGGCUCUCCUCUGACAUGGUCGUCUGCCUCUUUGGAGGGCGGCUCAGUUUUGCAAUGGCGACGGACGCUUACCCGCUGGACGAGCUCGGUGGAGGCUUCGAAGAUGGCUCGGACGAUGGGGUGGACUUCCCCCUUCCCGAAGGUGUCCAGAAAGAGAUCUUGAGCGAAGCUCCCACCUCCGAGUGGGCCAAGCCUCGCAAGGGCGAUGAGGUCACGGUGCAUUACACAGGGACGCUGGAGUCUGGGGAUGAGUUCGACUCCACCCGGGACAAAGAGCCCUUCACCUUCAUCCUGGGAGAGGAGGAGAAAGCCGUCAGAGCAUGGCAGUUUGGGAUCCCUACCAUGAGGAAAGGAGAAGUCGCCAAGUUUAAGGUGGCACCGGAGUUUGCUUACGGUUCGGAUGGCACGGAGAAGGUGCCGCCGAACUCUACUGUGACCUAUGAGAUCGAACUGGUCAGAUGGAUGCCGCGGGUCGACUUGUUUUCAGAUGGAACGAUCAUCAAGACGGUGGUCCUGGAGGGAUCUGGCUGGAAGAUGGCGAGGAUGCGGGAUGAAGUCUACAUCUCUUUGAAAGUCGAGAAAAGCGAUGGGACCACCUUUUACGAAGCCGGGUCCCUGGAGUACGUCCUUGGCUCUGACCUCCUGGGCCCUUGGUCCAAAGCCGUCGACCGCUCCCUCGUUUCAAUGAAGAGGGACGAGAUCGUCACUCUGCACUUCGCGAAGACUUUCGACUGCGGUGCAGAGCCUCAGGAGUUGACUGGCACGCUCACCCUGCAUCAGAUCUACGAGACCAAGGACAUUUCCUACAAGAAGGAGAAGACUCUACUGAAGAAGCAAGUGGUCGAAGGGCAGGGCUAUGAGAUGUGCAAGGAUGGCAGCAGUGUGAAGCUUCGUGUGGAGGAGGCCCUGGAUGCCUCGAAGACUGCCAUUCCAUCUUUCCAGCCACAGGUUCUGGAGUUCGUGGCUGGCGAAGGUGAAGUUGCUGACGCAUUGGAGCUCUGCGUUGCAGACAUGAAGAAGGAGGAGAAGGCGAUUCUACGGGUGCUGCACCCAGCGCAGGCAGCGGAGCCGCGGCUGGGUUUGGCGAACCUGGAUGUUGAGGAGCUGCUGCUGACGCUGGUCUUGGAAGAUUUCGAGCCGGCGAAGCACAGCUUCAGCCUGUCGCCAGAGGAGAAGAUGGAGCGCGCUGCUGCCAAGAAGGAGACGGGAACAAAGCUGUUCAAGGCCCAGCGAUGGGCCAUGGCUGCAAGAAGCUACCAGGCGGUGUCAGAUAUGUUGAGCUACGUGGUGGUCUCAGAGCUGCAGGGCGAUGCCCGGAGCAGUGCAGAGACCCUAAAACUCACCUGUGAGCUCAACUCUGCCGCCUGUCUACUGAAGCUUCAGUGCUUCAAAGAAGCCAAGGCUGCUUGCGAGCAAGUCCUGGGACAGCAGAAAGGCAACCUUAAGGCGCUCUUCCGCAGGGCGCAGGCAGAGCUUGGCCUCAAUAACUUCACCGAGUGCAUCGCCGACUGCAAGCGCGUCCUGCAGUUGGACGCCGAGAACCGCGAUGCCAAGCUGCUGCUGCGCCAGGCGGCGGCAGCUCAAAAGGAGUCUACGAAGAAGUCGAAAGAGGUCUACGCCAGCAUGUUUGGCGGAGGAAGCGCUGAUGCCAAGGCCAGCGCUGGUGCGAAGCCGGCGCCUAGGGAAGAGCGGAGGCCCUCGGCCGCUGCUGCGAGCUCGGGGCCUGCGCCAGGUCUACUGGGCUCCUUGUAUCAGCAUGUGGCUGCCUUCUUCCUCUUCUGGAACCAUUUGGAUCCUGGGCUGCACAUGGUGGAUUGA